GAAAGGUGAAACAUUCAUAUAGCUAUGACAAAUUACAAAUAAAUAAUCAAUAAAAUAUAAUGAAAAUUAAACAUUUCAAUAAACAAUUUAGUUUAAAAUCUAUUAAUACAACAGGAAAUAUUGAUAGAAUUGAAUUUACUUCAAUGUAUUCUGGACCACCAUUUGCUAUGGCUAGUAGACAAAUUGAAAAUGGUUUAUUAGAUUGUAAAGAAUUAUUAGAUUCAAAAAUGUUUUAUAAUAUAACCAAUUCAAUAAAUAACAAUUGUGGUACUAUAACAACUACUCCUACUCCUCCUCCUCCUCCUACUACUACUAAUAAUAAUAAUAGUAAAAAUAAUAAAAGUUAUCUAUCAUCUGGAAGUAAAUAUGAAUGUUACCAUCCACUUAUAUCAUCUAAUGAAGAACAAGUUUAUGAUAAUAAUAAUAAUUUAAAAUCUUUACCAAAACGUAAAUUAUUAACAAAACAAUAUAAAACAAUCGAUGUAUUAAUGAAACCUUCUAUAAAUGAUGAAUUAACAACCAUUAAAACAUCGAAUAAAUCUGUAGCAUUUAUUGAAUGUGGAAAUAAUAAAUUAGAUACUAUAGAAAAUGUAUAUCAUGAACCUGAAUAUAUACAAAUGAAAACUAAAAUGAAAUCAAUCUUUGAUAAUUUAUUACAUAAUAGAUUAUAUUCAUGUUGUAAAUCAAAUAUAAAGUAUAAUUUAUGUGCAAAUUUAUCUGAUUAUAUUCAUGCAAAUAAUAGACGUAAACAAAUGAUCAUAGUGAUUAUUGUAUUAUCGAUUUUAUUAUUGAUUAUUAUUAUUAUUACUAUGAUAAUAUUGUAUAAAUUAUAUGAUGAAUCAUCAAUUUCUCCAUAUACUUUGUCGACAUCAUCAUCAUCAUCAUCACCAUUACGAUUAUCAUCUGAGUUAUUCAAUCUAGAACCAUUACAAUCUACAUUGUCUACAUCAUUAGAACGAAUACCAAAUUUUAACAAACAACUUAAUACAUCUAAAGUUUCAUCUAUUAAUCCCAUUGAAAUCAAUAAUAAUAAUAAUAACAGUAAUGAUAACAGUAGUAGUACAGAUCAAAAAUGUAAAAUACAAAAAUUUUGUUUAAAUAUUAGUUGUUUACAAAUUGCUUCAAUUUUAGCUGAACGUUUAGGACGAUAUAAUCGACCGAAAAUUAUUAUAAAUCUAUUAAAUAAUCAAUGUUCAAUGGAAGAUAUUGAUGAAAUUAUUAAAAUAUUUUAUAUUGGUGAUGAAUUUCAUUUAGCAACUCAUGAAAAUAGUUUAUAUAAAUUUAAACAAAAACGUUUAUCCACAUUAUGGUCAUAUGUGAUGAAUGAAUUACAAGGAUAUAUUAUAGAAGAUAAAAAACGUCCAUUGUUUCUAUGGAUAGAAAAAUUAGCUUAUCUAUUUCAACAUUUAAUUGAUCAGCAUAUAUAUAAGAAGAAUAUAACAAAUAUAACUAUGAUAAAUACUACAACUAUGAUGGUUAAUAGUACUGAUGAUCAUAGAAGUACUAAUGUAGAUCAUAGUGACCAUAAAACGUUCGGGCAUAAUAAGGAUAAAGAUAUUGAUCAUGUUAAUUUAUUAUAUAAACCAUCCAAUAAUAAUAAUAAUAAUAAUAAUAAUAAUAAACAAUCAAUAAUUCAUGGAAAUUCCAGUUUAAUUUAUCAUUCCAUUCAAUUGAAUAAAACUAGAUUAAUUCAACCUAUUUUAACUAAUAAUGAAGUAUAUUCAUCAUUUAUAAGUUCAACAAUGAAAAUGAUUCAACCAAAUGAAUUAGAAACAACAAUUAAUAUGUCAUAUAAAACAGAAUUAGAACAAUUAAAUGAUUUAUUACAAUUAGGUAAUAUUGCAUUUCAUGGAUUAGACAACGUUCUUAUCAAUGUACAAUUAAAUUUACGUGUACCAUUAUUCUUUUCUGCAUGGAUAGAACGUUCUCAUACUCCUGGUUUAAUGGACUCACUUAUACCAAUGUUGGAUAAUUGUGAACAACCAGAGUUACCAACGUAUGAAGAGUUGGAAAAUUAUAUUAAAGAUAAAUCGAAAUUUUUUGUAACUCCCUCAUCGUCAAGAUUAUUCAAUACAUCACCUCUGGAUAGCUUAGCAUCAUCAUCAUCAUCAUCGUCGUCGUCGUCGUCAACACCGUUUCUAUGGAAUCGUGUUCAUGAAUUACAUAACUACAUUCAUCAUCUUGGUAAAUUAGCUUGGAAAGCAAGAUAUUCAAAUAUUGCAGACCAAUAUCUUUCAGAUGGAUCAUCUAAAUAUCUAAACUUUUCUGGAGUUCUACCUGUUUUAUAUAAACUUCAAAAGUUAAAUCAUCACAGCCAAAUCAAUAGAACAAAUGCUCACAAAAUGACUAUACGUGAAUUAAUGCAAAUUACACAGCAUACUAUCAACUUUCCACGUUAUCUGGGUAAAUUAACUUCACGGAAUCAUUUGACUGUAAUGCCUAGAGAUAUGCAAGUGUGGGUUACUAAUAUUGACUAUUAUGAUAAAUUGGGUCGAGUGUUACAACAAACAUCGUUUAGUGAGUUACAAGACUAUAUUACAUUUGCAAUACUUCACAAAUAUGGAGGAUACGUUGAUCAAGAAACUGCACAAUUAAAGAAUAAAUUUCUAAAACCAUAUGCAGAAAGCCUUGGAAUUGAUCAAGUUUCUUAUUGGCCAUUUUUGUUAGAUUUAGCUUCACCAGGGUUACAACAAAUUCUUCAAAGUCGAUGGAGUUCCAUUCAACUCAGUCAUGCAAUUAAACAAUUUCAGAACGAAAUCUUAACUCCUGUACAAUCGAUAAUGAUUAAGUUGUUAAAUAGAUCAAUGCCUGGAACAACAAAAUGUUAUCAGUUAUUAAAUAAGAUAAGUAGUAUGAAAAUUCAACUCAUGUCGUAUAAUGGUCAUGAUUCGAUGGGAGAUUUUUAUUCUGAGUUAAAAAUUCAAUCGAAACAAAGUCUAUUAAUACAAUUAGUUCAAUUUAAUAAUUUUUUAUCACAAAAAGCAAUAUCUACUGAUUUGUCUAAAUUAAUUCCAGAUCUUGGUCUUAGUUCUGGAGGUAGUAAACUUUUUCAGUAUAUCCCCAAUUCUAAUAUAUUAGAAAUUUCACUUCUAUUGUUACAAUGGCCUUAUUUUAUGCCAGAUUUAUCAAUACCCAGAUAUUUAAAUGUUGGAUAUUUAUGGUAUUCAGUGACAAAAAUUAUAUCAGCUUUACUUACUAAUGAGAGAUGCUUGGAUGUAAGCAUUUUCUAUCAAGGUGAACAUGAUGAAUUUGACCAAUAUGUACGGAAAUUCCUCCUGGAUUCAAAGUUCAUGGAUCAAUGGCUAACAUGGUCUAAAACACCAAAAGUCUUUAAAUCAAUUUUAGCUAUUGAGAUCACAGGUAGAAUAUAUAAAGAUUAUUUAUCGAUCAAUCAUCAUAAUCAACCAGAUUCUAAUUUACCAGGAAUAUUCCUUACACAGAAAGAAUUAUUUUACCAGUGGAUAUUUCAACUAAUCUGUCCUGGAUUCGAUUAUGCUAAUAUUAUAACGCAUAAUAAUGUUUUACUACAUAGUAUAGAAGAAUGUGAUAUAAUUCGUACAGCUUUGAAAUUAUCACCGACAUUUAGAUGGUUUAUGGAAUGUUCAUGAAAAUAACUCAACAAUAACAACAAUAACAACAAAACUUAUUUUUAUAUAUUCUUUAAAAAUCCAAAGCUUUAAUGGAUGGAUGGAUGGAUGGAUACCUAACCAGAACAGAAAUUGUAAAUAAUAACUUUUUAGAAAAACGAAAAAUAUCAUAAUCUUAUCGAGUUUAUCAUGAUUCUGAUUUGAAGAAACAUUCUAAUAUGAAAUUCACAUCAAUCAACUUUUACUUUGAACUAAUCAUGUAUUGUAUUCAUCUAUUAAUUUUCAGGUUAAUAACAAUUAAUUGUACAAGUUUAUAAUAAAAUCAAGUUUCUAUUAUUAAUUCAAUUAAUCAUAGACUUGUAAGAAAUACCAGAUUAUAAUGAUUUAAAGUGAAAGCAUCGUUGAAUCAUUAAAUUCAAUAUUAUUGAUUAAUUGGAUUAAAUAAUAAUUGAUUUUUUUUCUUUUUGGAACUGAAAUUCAAUCAGUUUACCAUGAUAUAAUCAAUAAAAUCUUCUCAAUGGGAUUUAAUUAAAUCAUGUUAAAAUCAAGUCCCGAUUUUUCAUCAGGUUUGUCUUAAUGAAAGAAUAAAUAUAUGUGGUGAAUCCGCUAAUCAAAUCACAUGAAUAUAUCAUUUAUCUUGUAAACAACUGAAACCAAUUCAAUCUAAGGCUUUGUAAAUUUAUUUAAAAAAUUUCAUAUACAAGUCUACCAAACAGAAUCAAUUCGAUAGUUCAUUAUCUUCUUGAACAAACAAACAAUAAACUGCUAACUACUUGGAACAUAAAGAUUAGAAUAUUGUGUAAAUCAGUAGUAUAAAAAAGUUUCAUUUUUCCUCAGACAAAUUCUUUGCAUAAUGAUUUCAUUUAUGUCUAUUAAUAUCACAAUAGAAAAAACAUAAAAUAUUGUAUAUAUACACGGAAACAAAAACAAAGAAUUCGUUACACAUUAAUAAAAACAAAAUCCGUC